UCCCGGCCCCUCUUCUCUGAGAAAGUAUAAAAUCCGAGUGCCGAAGUUGAGUUGGUACAUUCAAUCGGUACUCCGAAUCAAAAACAUACCAUCCUCUUCUUCCUCAGCUGUCUAAUUAUGAAGAUUAUUGCAACUCUCCUCGCCCUUUUCGUUGUUUGCUGCCAUGCCCAAUUGCCACUCGACACUCCUCCUAUGCUCACGACUCGGCUUGGAGAAGAUGGAACUUCCUCCAUUACUCAGUACAGUAGAAACGACAACCAAGGCAACUACGACUUCGGUUACAACGAGGGCCACAACGAAGGGGGCACCUUCCGCAGGGAGCGGGGCGACGCCUAUGGCAGGAAGAUAGGCACCUACGGCUACACCAAUAACGAAGGUCUCAUCCGAAUCGUCAACUACGUCGCCGACGAGAACGGAUUCCGAGCCGAACUCAAGUCCACCGAACCUGGUGUCGACGAGAAAGAGCCAGCUUCUGUCAUUGUCUUCAAGGAAGACACACCAACCCUCAUGACCUACCCUGGACCUGAAGCAGCCUCUGUGCCAGAUGCCAAUGGCAACAUUCCAGGAGUACCAGCAGCUGCAUCACAGCCUCAGCAAUAUAUAGCUCAACCUCAGCAAUAUGCAGCUCAGCCGCAGCAGUAUGCAGCUCAACCCCAGCAGUAUGCAGCUCAGCCCUUACAAUUCUCCGCCUCAGCACCCUAUCCAGUUGCAGUAGCCGCAGCAGCUCAGCAAACUGGCAAUGUCCGAGUCAAUAUGAAUUUUCCCUAUGGAAGUUAUUCCUAUUCCUACUAAAAAAAUGUCAAAUGAAAUCGACUGUUACUGUUUUUUUGUUCAAUAAAAUUAAUGUUUGAAUGAAA